ACAUGCAAAAAGCAGGUAGCGUGACACACCCUAUUUUGUUUCAGCAAUGGCUUCACCAAGCCAAAAUAAGGAGCAACAACCUGAUUGUAAAAGAGUUGUAGGAUUCGAUUGUGAGUUCCUGGAACCUCCACCAGAGCACCUCCUCCAGUCAGAGUGUCCAGUUUGUCUCCAGAUCAUUCGAGACCCUCACCAGGUCACAUGCUGUGGUAAUAGCUUCUGUUACUCUUGUAUUCAGCGAGUUAAAGAUGACAACAAACCUUGCCCAACUUGCAACAAAGAAGAAUUGUCUGAUUUCCCCGACAAGAGGCUGAAGCGAUCGCUGUAUGCUUUGAAAGUUCGAUGUAGCUACCAGAAAGAUGGAUGUGAGUGGACGGGGAAACUGGGGCAGCUUGACGAGCACCUCAACACAGAUCCACUGCCAGAGAAACAACUCAAUGGAUGUUCAUUUGUCGAGAUCGAUUGCCUGUAUAAUUGCGGGGACGAAUUGCAGCGAAGAGACAUUCGAAAUCACCAAACCAAGCGUUGUCCCAAACGUCCGUUUGGUUGUGAGCACUGCCAUAAUUACGAGUCUACCGUUGAUGACGUCACCAAAAACCACUGGCCUGUGUGUGGGUCCUUCCCUGUCCCCUGCCCUAACGAGUGUGGGUCAACUCUUCAACGUCAGAAUAAGGACAGCCAUCUUGCCGAUGAGUGCCCCCUGACCACCAUCAACUGUGACUUCCACCACGUAGGCUGUGCUGUGAAACUUUCUCGACAGGACAUGCUAGAACACCUGAGAGAGAACCUACCCACACACGUCUCUCUAUUAGCCUCCAGUCAUGUCAAGCAACAAGACGACCUCGCAGAGCAGAAAGCUAUAAACAUCAAGCAACAAGCUCAAAUUAACAAGCAACACGAAGAGAUUCGAGCAUUGAGAAUGCAAGUGGUUGGUCCACCAGUCCUUGCUAUGACCAAUUACCGACAUCACAAGACAAACAAUGUCAGGUGGUACUCCCGUCCUGUCUACACACACCAUCAGGGAUACAAGAUCUGUCUAGGAAUUGAUGCUAGUGAAGGGCCUAAAAUGUUUGCACAUCUUAAUAUUAAAGGAUUAAUGGCUAAUAUUAAAGGAUUAAUGGCCAUCAAUGUGUAUGUGUUUUUCAUGAGGGGAGAGUUUGAUGAUUCACUAACAUGGCCAUUUCAAGGGGAGAUCUCGAUACAAUUGCUCAACCAGGUCAACAGUGAGCAAAAUGUGAAAUUUGAAAUGAACUACAAUAGAUCGACAAUGAUAAAAAUGUGCAGCAGAGUGACAAAGGAAGAGAGGGCAACUGAUGGACAAGUGCAGGAGGAAAAAUACCUAGUGGAGACCAAGUACUUACAAAAUGACACUCUUCUCUUCCAAAUAUGCAGUGCUAGACUAAAUUAAUGAACUAA